CCUCCCUGGAUGACGCAGAUUGAUCCCGUGUGUUCACGCUGCUGCUGCUGCUGCUGCUGCUGCUGCUGCUCAGCUGCUGUCUGUGGAGAGGAGCAUCAGCCAGCAGCUCACGAUGGAGGCGCAAACGGGGAUGGAGCUGCAGCGGCAGUAGAGAUCCGGUGAAGAUGCUGCAGCUGUUGCGCCGCUUCUAAGCCCGAGUCAGCUGCAGCUACACCUGCCGUGGAUGCUUUUCUCGAUGGGUUGUGGAGGGAGUCGGGCGGACGCGAUCAUCGAGCCGAGAUACCAUGAAAGCUGGACGAGAGAAACAGAAUCGACGUGGCUCACCAACACGGACGUAGAAACCCCUCUACCAGUGGCAGCCAGUAAAGCUCUGGAGAGCAGUCUGAGGGAGAAGAGGAUGGUGAACACCGGCACCCAGUGUGGGAAGCAGGCCCUCACCACCACCAGCUCCAACCACCAGAGGAGACCCAGACGCUCCUUGAGUGAUGUAGGUGUCACUGGUAGCAGCAAACUACUCGUGACUCCAAAAGGAGGGCAUCAAAGGAGGCCGCUGCGCUGUCUAAGGAUGGGCAGCCCGUCAAUAUCAACGCUGGUGGAGAUCCUGAACCUGGAAACGCGGGUGACGAAAGAUGAAGAGAAGCCACGAGCCCGUGAGAAGGAGGACGGCCGGAGCUGCGAGCGGUUCACCAGAAAACGUGAUGGUGAUUUGCAGAAGCGCGUGGGCGAUGUUUGCGAGUGACUUUGCGAGAUCCUGGCCGUUGUUCGCGGUGAUUUACAACAUAAGCGCCCGCAUAUGUCUCCAUCCAAAGACCUCUGGAUGCUGCAUCUUUGUCGUGCCAUUGCAUGUGUGAAGAAGAGAGUGGGUUCCAAACAAUGUCCGCGCUCUCCACCAUGCUUUUUCUCCCAUGCUUAUGGUGCCAGUCAGGGAAUGUGUCACUGUGUUAAGCCAAUUUUAAGAAAACAAAACAGAAAAAAAAAAGAGCGAAAAGAACAAAUUGCCCCCAUAUGCACAUGAUAAUCACAAUCUGCACAUCCGAUGUGUCCUGUGUGGGGCCCUCCUAAAGAUUUUUGCUUUAGUUCUUUGUGCAAAUAUACUCCUUUUGUUGUGAAUGAUAGUAUGAGAACCAAUAAUGAUGCUGUUUAACCUCAGUUGAUGCUGUAAGUGAUGUUCAUUUAAAAAGAACCUGAAGUGCUGUUUUGGGAGCUGAGACUUGGAUGUGUGAAGCUUGAAGGCUAAAGACUGUCUUUUCCAGCCUUUGCAAGAUAAACAAACAAACACACCCGCAUGUGCCUACGAUUCAUCUCGAUUUGAACUGUACUUGUGUUAACUUUGAGAGUUUGUUUUUUUGAAACUUUGUUCAGUAUUAUGUGUUCUACAGUUCUCUAUUUAUUUCCCGUUAUGUUGUGUAAUGGUACACUCUAUAUUAUUUACAACAAGGUAUUGUAACUUUUGAAUUCUGUGGCUUACACUGAUCUGCAUGUAUAAUUCAGACUCAUACUUAUUUGGUUUUGGUAACAAAAAUCUCUGCCCAAAUAUGAACAAAAGCAAGCCAUUUGAGAAUAAAGUAUUUGCCUCUCCAGCACACAUGGAAAUACUCAGGAGGUAACUGAGGAUGGGGCAUUAGGGAGAUGAUAUUUCUGACCAGCAGAUGGUGGUGUUGACCAACUGAGGUCUCAUUAAAUGAAGAUGAAGCAACCACUGAAGGAAAGUAAACGAAGGACAAUCUACUGGUCGCAUCUUGCCGGUAAAUUCAGAGUCUCAUUUAACGUUGUAUACUUGCGAUAGCUGUUGCUUGUUGAGAGUUUUGAAUCUUUCUCUGGGAUGGUGAAACGUGUACAGGCCCAACCACAUUUGUGAUAGAAAACAAACUUGAAAAUUUGAACAUAAAGGAUCUACCAUAUUUUUUUCUUCUUUGCAUUAAAGCUGUUGCUGGCUUUCUAAGUUGUGAAACCCAGAAAAAAAGUGA